GUGUGCAUCUAAUGGCGGAAUUUUGCUCCGUAUCAGCCCAAUCCGUGUAUUUUUCUUGACCUAGCGGCGACCGUGACACGUUAUCGUAUGUUCUGCCAGUGGGAAGUGACUUUAGGUGUCCUGAUAGUUCCGACGGAAAUGUUUUCAAGUGCAAUAAGUUUGAUUUUUCUCACAUGUCAAUAGUCUAGUCGUGUGCCGAAAGAGUGAUCAGUGACGAUGGAGUUGCAAAAUACAGGCAGCAGCGGCAAGAAGCGCCAGCAGCAGGCAGAAGAUGAACUUGAAUCCGGAGUGAAACGACCGGAAAAGUCGCUGGCCAUUGUGACCGUUAGUGUGGUGGACCUGCUGAAAAAAGCCCCUGAUGGUGUUUUAAAUUUGGGCAAUGCCACACAGAUUUUGGAUAUACGCCAGAAGCGCCGGAUUUACGAUGUGACCAAUGUGCUCGAGGGAAUCGGCUUGAUCGAGAAACACGAGAAAAACAGCGUCAAGUGGCGCGGCGAUUCCAUUGCACCGGAUCCACGGGACGUUGCUCGGCGAACCCGUGUGCUGAAGCACGAGCGAAGCUCUUUGCUGCAGUAUGAAGCGAUGAUCGACCGGCAGCUGGCAAUCAUCCGCCAGAGCACCACAAACUCAAAAGUCGAUGAGUGCAACACUUCCUUCGCGUACGUCACCAGCCAAGAUUUGACGGACGUUUUUGGAGAUCGCACAACUAGUCUGGUGGUGAAGGACCAUUCCAAACAAUCCGAGCCGGUCAACAUGGAACAAAGUGCGGGUGCUCUUUACAUAUCUUCCACCAAAGGACUCCCGCUGGAUGUAAGGUUGCUUCGGGAGCCACACGGAUCCUGUUUUACACGACCAACAAGGAGGGCCAACAUUCAUCGGAGACAUAAACGACAUCAGUUUAAGCGAAUUGACGACCAUUGGCGGGAUAAGAAAAGUGCAAUCCAGGUGCGACAAGAACUGGAAGCAAAACUCGAACGAAUAGCGCAGGCAGACACAACCGAACGAGACCGACUAGAACGGAAUCUCAAUGCCGAUCUGUUGCUUGGCAAUAAUGUAACUAAUCACAGUCACUUCCAACCACAUAGUUAUUUGGAACAAGAGGAUUGUGAUUCAAAUUCACCAUUUGUCUCAUUAAAACUGCAGGAAUCCAUCAGCUAUCCAUUUGUACUGACUCCCAAAGAGGGUGUGUUGGAUCUAUUUGACAUGGAUCUUCCGUCCGCCAUUAAGCUAGAGUCCACAGACACAACCGCCUCAAAUGAUCAAAAUGGUCCAAAUCCGAUCAUGGUUCGGAACAAAUUGUCGUGAAUUUUGAUGUUCGUCUGUUAUAAGUAGAAUAGUAUUUCCUUCCGCCAAAAUGGGUGGAAAAUUUCCAUGUCUAGACUUAUUCAAUAAUUUAUGUGACCAAUUGUAUGUAUCAACUUUUAAAAUUUAAAUCCUUAUUCCGGACCAUGGCGGACACAUUUGAACGAAUCUGACUCGUUUAUUUUCACUGAAAACGACUCAUCUUCGUUCGUUGCAGUAAUCUUUCGUUAUACAGGAUAAGAGUGAUGAGCAUCACAGCAUGUUUUAGUCCCCGAAUAUCGAAUGCACAGCCCCAAAAUAUAGUCUUUGAAUAAAGUAUUCUAUAAUUGUUGCAAUAUA